UGUUACAAAUAUUCAUGUAUGCUUAUAUAGAAGCACAAACAAUCUAAUUUCCUAAAGUAAUAAAUAAAUAAAUAUAUAGAUGUUAAUUUUGUAUUUUUUUAUCUUUCUAGAUUUUUUUUAAAAAGUUCGUUUAGAUUUUCUAGUUCUUUAUUAUUUUUGUAUUUUUCAUAAUCUUAUGGUCAAUCUUUGCCUAUCUCCAAAUCUUAACAAACAACUCUCAGCAAAUUUUUUUUUUUUAAAACUAAGAAGUCAACAUUCUUUUAAUUUUUAAAAUAGUAUACUAAAUUUAUUCCUUAUCAAAUAAGUAAAUAUUUCCUUUCAUUCUUUUUUAUAUUAUUCCUCUUUAUUUUCUCAUACUUAUUUUCUAUAUUCGUUUAAUGGUACGCGUUAGAUUGUGUUCUUUGGUCUCGAAAAGACUAUUCGUACUCCAAAGGUCUUUUGAGUCAACGGCUGAGUAAAGAUAAAAGGAGUCUUGGAUUUUAUGAUUCAAGAACAAGAAGCGCAGAAACCACAAAGGUUUUGUUGCCACUGAGGGUCACAAUCUUAUUCGUUCUUUGAUCAGAUGGGAUCUAGCCUCUACCCUGACUGGACAGAGCUGACUCGGGAAUGUCUCAUCGACAUCUUCUCACGUCUGAGCAUGGGGAAACGAUGGGACGGACCGAUGCUUGUCUCCAAGAAGUGGAUGGACGUAUGCCAAGACACGUCUCUCAACGCUGUCUUGGAUCUCGAAGCUGAGUUUCUGUCCUCCACCGAUACAACCUACUGGUGGAGUCCUGAGUUCGAGGAAAAAGUUGACUCAACCAUCAGGUUUGCUGUGGAUCAGAGCCAGGGCGAACUCAAGGAGCUCCGAGUCAGGCAUUGCACGAACCAGUCUCUCUCCUACGUCGCCGAGAGGUGUCCUAAUCUUGAGGUACUUUGGGUUAAGUAUAGCCCAAAGGUUAAUAUUGAGUCCAUGAGGAAGAUAGCACUAAACUGCCCCAAGCUUAAAGAGCUUGACAUAAGCUGCUCUUAUGAAAUAACUUGUGAGUGCAUGGAACUGGUUGGUACAAACUGCAAGAAUCUUCAGGUCCUGAAACGGAACCUGAUGCCGCCUUCCGAGGUGGCAAGGUUAAAGCGUUAUGCCUAUGUGCAGAAGCAGUAUCUAUCUUUUGAAACGUUAGGAAACGUUGAUGCGUAUACGAUUGGGAGACACAUGCGUCAGCUGAAGCACUUGGAACUUCGAAACUCCACAUUGACUGAUAAAGCUUUUGCUCAUCUUUGUAAACGGUGUUCGAAUCUUGAGUACUUGGACUUGGUCGGGAGUAGCUACUUGACUAGCGUUGGUGUUGCUAAUGGUACCUCGAGCUUGAAGAAUCUGAAGGAGAUCAAGAAACCAGAUUUUGCAGCCACUCUGUUCAACUAGUUGAACGCAUGUAGUUUUGUGUUGGUGAUACCUUUCUGUUUUCUAUUAUUAUUGUUUUUUCAUAUAUUCUCUUUUCUUAAAAAUAAUCAUAUCACUUAGUUAUCACAUAAUCUCAUGUAUUGGAUGUUCUUAGUAAAUUCUCUCUUAAUGUGCCAUUACAAAUGAAAACUCUGCAUGUAAUUGGUGCC